CUCGAAUCCUGGGGUAGAAACUCAGAAAACUUCCAGCCUGGGCAGCGCGCGCUUGGUGCAGGACGCAGGAGCAAUCAGCCCGUCCCCCUCCGACUCUCCGGUGCCGCUGCCGCCCGCUCCCGCCACCCGAGAAGGAACGGUGCCACCCACCGCUCCGUGCCCUGCCUGCGCCCAGUGCCCGACCGGAUCCCCGCAGAAUCGCCCCAUCCUCCCUUCGCUUUCCGACUGCCCAAGGCACUAUUUGUUUUCUCUCUCUUUCUCUUUCUUGCUCUGCGAGCGCGGAGCGGGGGGGAAGAGGAGGAGGAAUUCUUUCCCCGCCUAACAUUUCAAGGGACACAAUUCACUCCAAGUCUCUUCCCUUUCCAAGCCGCUUCCGAAGUGCUCCCGGUGACCGCAACUUCUGAUCCCAAACGGAGAGGGGAGCCUCCCGACUUCAACUCCUCUUUUCCUUCUCCUUCGCUUUCCUCCUCCUCUCACUACCUCCACCUCCGCCGCCACCUCCACCUCCGGCACCCACCCACCGCUGCCGCCGCCACCAGCAGCGCCUCCUUCCCUCCUCCUCCCCUCUUCUCUCUUUUUGGCAGCCGCUGGACGUCCGGUGUUGAUGGUGGCAGCGGCGGCAGCCUAAGCAGCAGCAACCCUCGCCGCACGCCAGCUCUCGCCCACCCCGCCUCACUCUCCAGCCCUACCUCGCCAUCUCCCGAAAGGUGCCGGGCUGAUUCGGGGCGGCAGAGGCGAAGCGGCUGCAGCGGCGGUAGGAGCGGCAGCGGUAGCGGCGGCGGGAGGCAGGAUGAGCGCACGCGGUGAAGGCGCCGGGCAGCCGUCCACUUCAGCCCAGGGACAACCUGCCGCCCCGGCGCCUCAGAAGAGAGGACGCGGCCGACCCAGGAAGCAGCAGCAAGAGCCAACCGGUGAGCCCUCUCCUAAGAGACCAAGGGGAAGACCCAAAGGCAGCAAAAACAAGAGUCCCUCCAAAGCAGCUCAAAAGAAAGCAGAAGCCACUGGAGAAAAACGGCCAAGAGGCAGACCUAGGAAAUGGCCACAACAAGUUGUUCAGAAGAAGCCUGCUCAGGAGGAGACUGAAGAGACAUCCUCACAAGAGUCUGCGGAAGAGGAUUAGGGGGCGCCAACAUUCAAUUUCUACCUCAGCAGCAGUUGAAUCUUUGGAAGGGAGAAGACGCUGCAGUGACCACUUACUCUCUGCCGCCAUGGUCUUUCCACUUUCAUCUGGGGUCGGGGGUGCGGGGGGCGGGGCGGGCGCGGGGCGGGGGCGGGGCUGGGAGAAGUCACGUAACCUUAAAAAGGACUAUAUUAAUCACCUUCUUUGUAAUCCCUUCACAGUCCCAGGUUUAGUGAAAAACUGCUGUAAACACAGGGGACACAGUUUUAACAAUGCAACUUUUAAUUACUGUUUUCUUUUUCCUUAACCUACUAAUAGUUUGUGGAUCUGAUAAGCAGGAGUGGGUGGAUGAGAAAAAAAACCUCUGAAUCGGGUUUAGUCAAUCACUGCACUGCACCCAAACCAGAAAUGUGUCACCCACGUGACACUGGGCAUUCCUCCAGGCCAGGCGCAGUGGGAAACACUGGCCGCCUCAGACACCACCCAGCCCGCUCAGUAGUGAAGCUUCUGUGUAGAACACCAAAGAUAGGACUAGCUACUAUUUCUCUUUUUCAUAUAACCUUGUAGACACUUACUUGAUGAUUUUUUUUUAAUUUUUACUUUUAUUUCUAAAUGAGACGAAAUGCUGAUGUAUCCUUUCAUCCAGCUUAACAAACCAGAAAAGGUGAUGUUCACUUUUCCAAAAAGGGAAGUACGCAAACUCUGAUUGCCAACUCCUUUAUUUAUGGAUGCCACCGCAUAUCUGCAGGAGUAAUAAAUUUACUCACAGCCCUUGUUUUUUUUAUUUUCAGGAACCCUCAUCCGGGUAGAAUCUACUUCCUACAGAGCCAAAUGCCAUUUAGCAAUAAAUCACACUUGUCAGCCUCAAAGCAUUUUUAAGGAACCUAGACAAGUAAAAUUAUCCUCUUUGUAAUUUAAUGAAAAGGUACAACAGAAUAAUGCAUGAGGAAUUUAACCUGGAUUAUGAGGGGGAGGAGCGAAAUCCAAAUUUCUUUUGCUAUAGUUUAUACUACAAUUUAAAGGACAAAAAAAAAAGCAGGCUCUCUCUCUCCUCUCUUUCUCUCUCUUCAUUGUUUAUCAGUUUCCGUGAAAGACCUAAAUACCACUUACCUCAAAUGAAGCUUAUGUGUUACGUCAAGUAAUACGUUUUGACAUAGGAUGGUUGAAUGAGGUGCUUGACCUCAGCUCACCACCUCUUCAUUCAAACUGCACUUUUAGCCAGAGAUGCAAUACAAACCCACUGCUCAAUACUACCUCUGAAUGUUACAAUUAAUUUACAGUUUAGUACUUAUUACAUGCUGCUAUACACAAGCAAUGCAAGAAAAGAAAACGCAAUGGGUAGGUGAUACAAAUCAUCUACAGUUCUUUUUUAUCCACUUAUUUACAGUUAAAGAAGCAGUCUCCUUACUGUGUUUCAGCAUGGCUAUGUAUUUUUCUAUGGGAUUUUUUUUUUUUUAUUAAAAUUUUACAAAUACUUGUUUCAGCUUCUCUGCUAGAUUUUCUACAUUAACUUGAAUUUUUGUUUUUAACCAAGUCGCUCCUAGGUUCUUAAGGAUAAUUUUCCUCCAUCACACUACACAUCACACAAAAUUUGACUGUAAUGUUUAAAUAUUACCUUCCAAGUUUGUACCUCACAUGAAUUGUUUAAGGAAAUGGACUAAUUGACUUGCAAAGACCUACCUCCAGACUUCAAAAGGAAUGAACUUGUUACUUGCAGCAUUCAUUUUUGUCAAUGUUUGAAAUAUUUCAGACUGCAGCUAACCCUCAUCAAAACUAUUUUUGUAAAAGCCUUUUUUGAUAGAAAGGAACACGUUUUUACAUACUUUUUGCAAAUAAAAUAAAGCCAACCUUCAAAGAAACUUGAAGCUUUGUAGGUGAGACGCAACAAGCUCAGCUUUUGCAUGAUGCAAUCAAAAAUAUGUUUUGAAGAUUAGUUGACUAUGAGAAAAUGCUUGACAGAUAUUUUCAUGUAUUUUACACAAAUGUGAUUUUUGUAAUAUGUCUCAACCAGAUUUAUUUUAAACGCUUCUUAUGUAGAGUUUUUAUUCCUUUCUCUCCUAGUGAGUGUGCUGACUUUUUAACAUGGUAUUAUCAACUGGGCCAAGAGGUAGCUUCUCAUGACGGCUUGUGUCAGUCUGGCUUUUAGCACUGAUGCCAAAUGAAACUCAAAACCAUCUCUCUUCCAGCCGCUUCAGGGAGGUCGUUUCAAAGGCUACGUACCUCUCUGAGAUGGGCUCACUGUUGUGAAUCACCAAAGGAGCUAUGGAGAGAAUUAAAACCCAACAGUACUGUUAACUAUGCAUUUAAUAAGCAAAUAAACAGUGGCUCAUAAAAAUGGAAGUCCCACUCCUUAUCUUGGGUUGGGUCUUUUGAAACCUCGCUGGCCAGCAACUGAAGCAGUUGCUCAUGUUGGCCAAACUCAGAACACCCAGCAAUUUCCAUCUCUGAUGAAGUUACUCUCUUAUUUCCUAUAUGUUGUACAAUCAAAACACACUACUACCUCUUAAGCCCCAGUAUACCUCAUUUUUCAUACUGAAAAAAAAAAGCUUGUGGCCAAUGGAACAGUAAGAACAUCAUAAAAUUUUUAUAUAUAUAGUUUAUUUUUGUGGGAGAUAAAUUUUAUAGGACUGUUCUUUGCUGUUGUUGGUCUCAGGCUAAGUAAGACUGGACAUUUAACUUUUCUACCAUUUCUGAAGUUAGGUAUGUUUGCAGGAGAAAAGUAUCACGACGUUGAACUGCAGUUGACUUUCUCCCUGUUUCUUUGAGUGUCUUCUAACUUUGUUCUUCAUGUAGAGUUGCUGUCUAUGAUUGUACUUUGAAUCGCUUGCUUGUUGAAAAUAUUUCUCUAGUGGAUUAUCACUGUCUGUUCUGCACAAUAAACAUAACAGCCUCUGUGAUCCCCCUGUGUUUUGAUUCCUCCUCUUUGUCAUGACUCCAUUAAAUGAGUAAUAAAGUUUGGUCAAAACAGGUGAA